GAUUUGCAGCCGUUGAUUUGUUAAAUUUGGAUUCUCUAUUAAUUUUCUGCAAACUCAUGCUUUGGAAAUUAAUCAAAAAACAAGCCAAGUAGGAACAAAAAUGAAAGUAGCAGUGACCUCACAUGGUAUUGGUAUGGCAAGAGUGACACAACUAAAUCGACCAUGCCAGGCCCAUGAACAUUCAUCACUUCUCAAAUUAAAUCAUUUCUCUGAUUUAAGAUAAUGAUAACUUUUUCUUCCCCUUAGGAUUUCGGAGUCCAAGAAUCUAUUCCAGCACUAGUAAUGAACAUAUAAUAUAAUUGCUUCUCCUUUGUCUCUUCUCUUUGCUUGCUGCCAUAUUUACUGUUUUCCUUCACAUGUGAAACCAUUACCGUAUAUAUUUUCAAACUCCAGCUAGCUAGUGUUGAUCUUUCAGUCAUGUCUAGCCGUCUCCUGUAUCCUUCUCAGCUCUUUCUUAUUUCCUUUCCUUUUAGUCAAUCCGCUACUAUAUGCAUGCUUUUCCUGUUUUUUCUUCAAGACUGAGAUGGAUGUAACAGUUUGCAGGUUUGCAGCGAGUAGACUCUUGAGGGUUGAGAUUGGAAUACGAAAAAUGUUAUUGCAGAGGACUUUCUGGGUGGUUAUUGCAUUGAUCAUUGGACUUGCUGUUGCUAAAUUACAUAUUGUGGACAGUAGGCCUCAUCGGAUUCUUCUGGAUACGGAUGUCGAUACUGAUGAUUUCUUUGCUCUUUUGUACAUCUUGAAGCUUAACAGAUCAGAGUUUGAGUUGGAGGCAAUCACUAUCAAUGCAAAUGCAUGGACUGAUGCAGGUCAUGCUGUGAACCAAAUCUAUGACAUUCUUUACAUGAUGGGCCGCGACGAUAUACCAGUUGGAGUGGGAGGUGAGGGUGGAAUACUGGAAGAUGGUACUAUACUCCCAGAUGUUGGUGGAUAUCUUCCCAUAAUUGAACAGGGAAAUUCAACAGCAGGAGGCUGUAGAUACAGACAAGCUAUUCCUAUAGGUCGACGACUAGAUAUUGAUUCAAACUAUGGCCUAAGGAAAGCUUUCCUACCGCAGGGCAGCAGGAAAUAUUCUCCUCUUCGACAACCCACUGCACAGCAAGUGCUGAUUGAUAAAAUAUCUGCAGGUCCUAUUACUAUCUUCAUAACAGGAGGUCAUACGAAUUUUGCCAUUUUUCUUCUGAAAAAUCCACAUCUAAAGAAGAAUGUUAAGCACAUAUAUAUAAUGGGAGGUGGGGUGAGGUCGCGAAACCCAACCGGUUGUUGCCCACGAAAUGCAAGUUCAUCUUGCGAGCCAAUACAAUGUGGUGACCGAGGUAAUCUGUUCACAGACUUCAUUAGCAAUCCUUAUGCUGAGUUUAAUAUCUUUGGAGAUCCUUUUGCUGCAUAUCAGGUGAUCCAUUCUGGAAUACCAGUCACACUGGUGCCCCUGGAUGCAACAAAUACCAUUCCCAUAAAUGAGGAUUUCUUUAAGGCAUUUGAAAAGAGCCAACAUACAUAUGAGGCACAAUACUGUUUCCAAUCCUUGAAAAUGGCUCGUGAUACUUGGUUUGAUGACCAAUUUUAUACGAGCUAUUCCAUGUGGGACUCAUUUACAUCCGGCGUAGCAGUUUCUAUCAUGCGCAAUUCACAUAACAAAAAUGGAGAAAAUGAAUUUGCCGAAAUGGAAUAUAUGAACAUAACUGUAGUUACUUCAAAUGAACCUUAUGGGGUACAUGAUGGUUCAAAUCCAUUCUUUGAUGGCCAUAAAGUUCCAAAGUUUAAUCUAGAGAAAGGUGGAGUACACAGUGGUCAUGUCCAGACAGGCCUCAGAGAUCCAUUCUGCACAAUGCAGAAUGGGAAGGGAAGAUGCCAGGAUGGCUAUACAAAGGAGGUAAAAGGUUCACAGGGGGUACGUGUUCUCGUCGCUACCAGAGCUAAACCUAAUCCAGACACUAGUAGUGAACUUGACAGGGCAUAUUUCAAGAGUUUCUUGGAUGUUCUAAAUCACCCUCAGCAAACUGGGAAGUUCAAUUUUACAACACAAUUUCGUUAUUACAAAGAAGUUCUAUACAAACCAGAUUUUGGUAGCAAGAAACUGGGAAAACCUAUUGUCUUUGACAUGGAUAUGAGUGCUGGAGAUUUUCUGGCUCUCUACUACCUUCUUAAAUUACCUGUAGAAGUGAUCAACCUCAAGGCUGUCAUUGUAAGUCCAACCGGCUGGGCAAAUGCUGCAACUAUAGAUGUGGUUUAUGAUUUACUGCAUAUGAUGGGUCGUGAUGACAUUCCAGUGGGUCUAGGAGAUAUAUUUGCAUUGAACCAGACUGAUCCAGGAGACUGCAAGUAUAUUAAGGUCAUUCCACAAGGGAGUGGUGGAUUUUUGGAUUCAGAUACUCUAUAUGGGCUUGCACGGCAUCUGCCACGAAGCCCUAGAAGAUAUACUGCAGAAAACUCUCUGAAAUUUGGAGCUCCCCGCAACACAGAUCACCCUGAACUCAGACAGCCUCUGGCACUUGAAAUUUGGGAUUCCAUAGUGAAAAAAUUGGAACCAGGAUCUAAGAUUAGCAUAUUGACCAAUGGACCAUUGACUAAUUUAGCAAAGAUUAUUCGAUUAAGGAAAAACUCAAGCUCUGUGAUUCAGGAUGUAUAUGUUGUUGGAGGACACAUUAACCAUAGCAAUUUGGACAAGGGAAAUGUCUUGACUGUCCAUUCUAAUGAAUAUAGAGAAAUGAACCUGUAUCUUGACCCCUUGGCUGCAAAGAUAGUUUUUGAGUCAUCACUGGAUAUUACACUUAUUCCACUCAACGCCCAACGCAAUGCAAGUUCAUUCUCCAAGAUCCUACAAAGGCUGGGCAGGACAAACAAGACACCUGAAGCUUUGUUUGCCUACCGUUUGCUCUCAAGGCUUUACCGGUUGCAACAAACUCACCACAGAUACCAUCACAUGGAUACAUUCUUGGGAGAAAUCCUUGGUGCAGUAGUCUUGGCUGGGGAUUCCUUCCUGAACCCAAUUUUGCAAAUCAAGCCUAUUAAGGUCCUGGCUGAUGGUGCUGAAUCCAAAGAUGGACAAAUUGUGGUUGAUGAAAAACAAGGAAAAUUGGUGAAAAUGUUGCAAGCUGUAGACCCUGUAGCAUAUUAUGAUAAUUUUGCAAAUCAAUUGGGAGUUAACAAGCAAUCCGCUGUCAUAGGAAGCUUUGACGAGCAGAGGAGAAUCUGGAGUGCACAACCAAAUUCUUGAAAAUGAAGAGUACACUUCUUAAAUGCAUUGGACUAAUUAUUCUGACAGCAGGAAGUUAUUUCUUUCCUUGGUAAGAUACAGAAGUUUCAUUUGUGUGCCUAUACUCCUGUCAUUAGAAACUUUCAACAGACAGAUAUUUGAUGUAGCAAGUAUUCACUGUAUUUUUUGUUUAGCUCUAUGAAAGAAAAAUAACAGCUUAGGAAACGUGAAAGCAUACCACUUAAAGUUGGUUCUCUCCCUCUCUUUUACUGGAUGUAAAUUGUUUGUAAUCCCACAGAUCAAGUUAGAAAUGUGAACACUAGGAAAAUAUAUCAGUCGAAUGAAGAUGCCGAUGAAUGGCUUUCAAUUUUA